AUGCUACCAGGAAAUUUAUUCAGCACUUAUGAACGGUACAAGGGGGAUACGGACUCCUUUAUCUCCUACCUCUACGAUACAGCCGUCAAGUGUGGAUACCAGUACAUCGACCCUGCACUUGCUAUCACAGUCGAUGUCAGCAUCAAUACCCCGCUCGGCGGCCGCAAGAAGGGUAAGGCUCGCAAAGAAGCAAAACAGAAAGACAAUCCAGACGUCUUGCCGCAACAUCCACUUCCCAUCAUCGAGCUUGUAAAGCAGGCAAAAGCUAUCGCAAACUCGGACAAGCAUAUCAAGGUACCCUUGGCUACUCAAAGACACCUUCAGGAAGCCAUUGAUGCACGAAAGACUUGUACAGCAUGGUUUCGGGAAAGGGUGGACACAUUGCAAAAUCGCAAGUCAGCGGUUGACAUCGAGAAGAGCAACAGUAACCAUGAGUACUUCAUCAAGGUCCUAGACAGAAUCCAUGACAUUCUCAAGCCUUCCUUUGAGGUCAUGAAGCCAUCGCCAGCAUCUCUUGUUGAGGAAGCACAGGAUGAAUUGGAUAAAAAUAUCAUCAACCGAUUCCAUGGCUUAGAAGUGGAGGAUACCAACAUGCAAGAAUAUGAUGCACUCCCUUCAGUCGGCGUCGGCACCAGUUCGCAGAGUCAAUCGCAGACGCAAGAGGUUGCAAUUGACCAAGAUGCCAAUAUGCAAUUCAGAGUGUAUUGUUUCUUCCAAGACUUGCACACUCUAUCAUAUUUCCUCAAACAAACAUGGAAGGACGUCACGGAAGCAAAACUAGAUCAAAGAACGGCUUGUAUGAUCACCAACAUAUGCAUGGAGCGCGUCCAAACUGCAGAGCAAGUCCUCAUUGACCUGGAUCCAGAACGUUUCGGUAAAGCACCGUACCACGACAUUGUCUCCAUGAUCCACCCGGUCCGCUCUUUCAAGCUUCAACCUGAUGAAGUGGGCUUUGGGAAUGAUUCAAAUACGAAUAAGAACGACAAUGCAACGGUCAAGGAACAUGAGAGACAGGGCACAAAUGACUCGACGGUGCUGAGCUCGGAACCCGAUGACUAUUUCUUCACAAAUAUGUUCCUGAUACUGGACAAAGCGAGGAGAUUCAUGAACAAUACCGUGGGCUUCGCAUCAGUACCAUUUCUGAACUGGCGUUUCCACUCCGAACCACAUCUAAAGCCAGAGAACAAGUGGUGGCCGUUGGAGGACGUUGCGAUAUCCAAUAUCAUGCUUGACCUAAAGCUGAAGAUUACCUUGGAAGAAACGGAGAAGAUGACGCAAGCAGCAAGAAAGUCAGGAUAUUUGGAAAAGGUGUCCGAUUCCCAGCCUCCAUUUGCUGACAACACGACAACAUGUCUUCAGAGCGUACUUUCUGAAUCCAGAGUCACAAUCUCUGCAGUUUACCAGGCUCGGAUCCUUAUGGAUCUUAAAUACUUGCUUGCCGAAAACUUUGUUCUUGGAGCAAAGCCUUAUGCAGAAUUACUACAUUCUGCUGCGGCAACCAUUUCAUCGCUCCAGAUGGACUGGAAAGGAGAUAGUCGAUUGUCGAAACAAGAACUUCAAGUAGAAUUUCUGAAGGUUCGGGAAAAGCAGCAACUAACAUUUAUCAACGAUGAUAUAUGGGACAAGGCCAACAAGCUACGCCGUCACCUGAAGAAUAAUAUUGAGGCCCCUUUCUUCGUUAAUACGAAGCAAUUAUGGAUCGACGACCCAUCCACUCUGGACAAAUGUCAGAAUGUGCCUUCAACACCCAGGCCAGUCUGGUGGAAUCAAACACAGAUACCUAGUGAUCCCACACCAGAUUCUAUUUAUACAUGUCUGCCCAUGUAUUGCAGCCUCGAGGAGUUGAAGCUUAAGGUUGAUAUGAAUAAACUUGGGAUAGGAGUGGCCAAUACUCAUGCUUCGAUCCUGACUAUAGCCCAUGUAUACAAUGCUUUCAAACAGAAUGGGCUUGUAGACCAAGCAUGGCCACUAUUGGACAGGGUCAUUGAGGCUCAUAUUUCAGAAUUAUUUAAUGGCAGCUUGCCAACCUCGAAUGAACAGAUCUUCAGGAGAUGGCAGCUUCGCACUGGAACUCCAGCCACAGCAUUUGCACCAGGAAGUCGCAAGGACUCUCCAAGUCUAGCUCAGAUGCAGAAAUUUCUCUGUUCGUUGCUGAAGCCAAAUUAUGCCUCGACACAGCUAAGUGACUACUUCAACAACAACAUAAGCAGCGAAAUCUUACUGCACAGGGUCUGGGGGCAUGAACAGGCAAACAAAAAGAGCAGCAGAACUAAAGAUCCAAUUUCGACGCUAAGAGACUCAGUGGAGAAGAUGUUGCCACUUCUUGAUCUUGACAUGAUUGAUCUGACAAGGAAAUGUACAACACUGCUGGCUGAUAUCCGGAAAGAAUGCAACAUCAACCUCGGAAUAGAGGAAGGAUCGAAUAAAGGCCGGUACCACUUUGUCUUCAGCAUAUACACAGGCAACAAACUUUUUAGUGGACUGCAAGACGAGUUGGAAAUUUUCGACGUUGCUGGGAAAAGCCACGAGAUGAUAACUCAUACUGCAAAGAUGUUGCAAGAGUUCAUCAAGCAUGCCGCUUCACCACAACAGGUUGUACCCCUAGAUGUCAUAAGCAACGUUAAAGAGGCAGCCAAUCGGCCGCCGGUAAAAAGUAUCAAAAAGAAUAUGGAAAAGAUUGCCGCCCUGAAGCGAUGAAGCUUGUUUGUAGAUGUGUCGUGAGGGAAGUACAGCGACUGGGAUACCCUCUGCGCUGAUCAAGGUUGGUCCUUUGUGUAAAGCUUUGAGUCUCACACCUAGGUUACCCGAUGAGUCGUCGGGUAACCUAACUGUGACUAUGAGUAUG